CAGUCCCAAUUGGACACGGUCCCAAUUGCACACUGUCCUGAUCGGACACAGACCCUAUUGGACAUGACAGCGGUCCAAUUGAGAAAUACUACUGUGCCCAAUCGUUUAUGUGCGCAAUCGGUCACUUAUAAAUUACACAGACAGUCCUUGUAUGAGCCGGUGCCGUCGUACGGCCUAUUAGGCGCACUCGGCGGAGAAUACGAUCCGUACGACCCAUAUUUUGAUUGUGACACGACUUCUAAGUUAUUUAGUAAUCGAAAAGUGAGUAAAAUAAUGAGCAGUUCCACGACGACCAGCGCUGACCAACGUCCUUCAACAGCACAGACGUGCAGAACCAGCAUAAGCCAGCCUUCCGCGAUCUUCGAUAAAGCCUCUCAUAAAUCGAAGAAAAGGAAGAGUUCUUCCUCCAAGGAUCGUCUUGCGGUCCUCGAAGAAAAAGUAGCUUGUUUGGUCGACACAUUGAAAGUUAAGGAAGUAAAUGAGACUUUUUACUCCUCUCACUCGUUGGCGUCUCCUUCUCGGUUUCGUCAAAAUAAUCGAAAUUUUAGCAAGGAGAGAAUGUCGGAGAUUAUUGAUAGCGAAGACGACUUGGCUUAUGUUAACUCAGCUCGGAGCUCCCAGUAACGUUCUUGCUUGAGCAGCGCCUGCGAGACAGGCCCAGAGAUCCACAUAACUCAGACUUGUUAAAUAACGAGAGCGAGGCAAUUCAUACGUCUUCGCAGGUAACUCCGGUCAUGCUGGCUGAUACGCCCAUGACUUCUGCACACGACGAGGUUAAUGUGGAUGCUCUAAUUAUGGAACUUUUCGGUUUCGAACUCGAAAUUCCGGAAGUACAUGGUGUUCCAUGGAACACCUUGGUAAUGCAAAAAUGACAGGAUCUCACCCGCAUCAGUCUUCCUGUGGAUCAGCGUGAUGCUCUUCAAGAAGUAUUCGCCUUCGGAUGUGGUAGCUUUCCUUAAAGCUCCGAUUUUAAAUCCCGAAUGCAGAUUUGCUUUAAAAAAUAAUUUGAUCGUGAGGAGAGAUGAUUUUAAUUUUAAAGAUUAGAAUUAAGUAGGCGUGGCCCUCUGUGCUUUAGGUGAGGCCAUUUCGGAUUUUUUAAAGCCCAGUAUUCAGCAAAACUUGGAACCGGAAGCUCGAG